CUUCACCACAAACCCUGCCGCGGCGUAAAUUCCCUUUGGGUAAUCAUCAUGGACGACGAUAUCGACAAUCUGCUCGAGCAAGGCAUCAAGACCGCCCAAGGAGGAGGCGACGCCCCCGCGGAAGACUCACGGUCAAGCCGGGCGAAAGAAUCUUCCCGCCGCGACCGCCGUUCGCGUUCGCGAGAACACCGCCGGGACCACCGGGAUCGUCGCGAUCGUUCACGUGAAAGAGAUAGUCGACGCAAACGGUCUCGCUCACGAUCACGUGAUAGUCGUCGGUCGCGUCGCCGGUCCAAGUCGAAUUCUCGAUCCAGGUCCAAGGACAAGAAGGACGUCGCUGCCGUCGAACCACCUCGCGAGCGAAGCACGUCCCAGGAACGCAUCGAGAAAGCCAAGCAGCGCGAACUCAUGGAGCUCACGCGGGACCACCGCACCGUGUUUGUCGGUCAGUUGACGCAGAAAGUGCGGGAGCGCGACCUGGAAAAGUUUUUCGGGUCACUUGCCAAGCUGGAGCACGUGCUGCUGAUCCGCGACAAGUUCACCAACAAGUCCAAGGGGUUCGCGUACGUCGAGUUCUCCAACUUGGAGGACAUCCCCAAGGUGCUCGUCGUGAACGGCCAGAUCCCGACCUUCCAGUCGUUCCCGAUCUUGAUCAAGGCUAGCGAGGCCGAAAAGAACUUUGCCGCGCGCAAGGACGCCGUGUUCUCGUCUGGCCCGACCACCAAAGCCAGCGCCAGUGGGUACUCGCAUGCGGGCAGUGGCGGCGCGUCGGGUCUGUCGCUGUCGGCGGCGUCGCGGGUGUAUGUGGGCAAUCUCCACGGCAACAUCAACGAAGACGACGUCAAAGCCGUGUUUUCUGCAUUUGGAGACGUCGUGUCGGUGGCGCUCAAUCGCGACGACAUUGGCCGGUCCAAGGGCUUUGGCUUUGUGCAGUUUACCACGCCAGACGAAGCCAACUUGGCGCUCACCAAAGCCAACGGGCUCGAAGUGGCCGGCAACUUUUUAAAGGUCGGUCCCGUGCGCGAACACGAAGGCUCGGCGUACGGUCAUGCUGGGCGUGACAACGGUCCGUCAUCGUUCAAUAACAAGGGCUUUGGCGGCGGUGGCGGCAACUGGAAGCUCGAGGACGAGGAGGGCUCGGGGGGCUACGCAUUGAACUCGCAGAGUCGGUCGGCGCUGAUGGCCAAGCUGGCCGGGGGCGCCGCCAGUUUGACGCUCCCAACGCUGCUGCCUACCAACAAUCUGAUGGCGGUGACCAAUCCGCCGCCGGUCGCGGCAUCCGUCGCGCAGCGGGCCGCGGCGCUGGCCGGCGGGGACAUUGAAGGCGUUGACAACGUGUGCUUUGUGGUGAAAAACAUGUUUGAUCUGCUCAAGGAGCGGCGAAGCGGCAACCCCGACUGGCACGUCGAGAUCCAGCAAGAUGUCGAGGACGAGUGCUCGAGAUACGGCAAGGUGGUGCACAGCUUUGUGGAAAAGGACAAGGACGGCGGGCUCGUGUACAUUUGCUUUGACGCGGUGUCCGCGGCGCGGGAAGCCGCCCACCGCCUCCAUGGUCGCUGGUUCAACAUGCGCCAGAUCAGCGUGCGCUUCAUGCCGACCCAGGAGUACGUCGGCAUGUUCCCCGCCACCCGCGCCGCGAUUGCCGCUUCGAAACAACCCGAAUAAUAUACACCGUGGUUCAGUUUAUACUGUAAACAGUAUGGUCGUUCAGUUUAUACUGUAUAUGAUAUGGUCG